GCCCCCUCCGCUCAAGCCACCACCCUCCACUAGUGAUUCGCAGCAUGUCUCAGUCUGCCGUCUCGGAGAUAGCUGGGAGUGAGCAUUGCUGCUGCGAGAAGCACGAGAUGUGAUGGGAGGCGACGGUGUGGUUGAGCGUGAAGAUGCGACGUGCCUGGCUGAAACGACGACUUGCGAUGGAUGUUGAAGGCGAAUGCGAAUGGAGGCUUGCCACGGCAUGUCGAUCUCUAAGCCUUUCAUGCUGUAAUAUUGAUAUUGUGUUGACACCAGCGAACAGUCAGAACACAAGCAUAAACAGACAGCGUCUUGUCCUAGACCCAUCCAUCUCCGUGCCAGUCAGAAAACAGACAUGCAUCGCAAAGUUGUACACUUGUACUGGCAUGAGUCGCUCGUGCGCGAUGACUGUCCAGUGCCCGUGUCGAGGUCUCCGACCUACUGACACAGCACAAAACUCGACCAAGAGAAUUGUGACGAUGGCGAAGACGAAGCCGAAGACGAGCAUAUUAUCCCUGCGCCGCGAGUUCUCAGUGGUUUGGCUAAUCAUGUGUCGGGAGCUGUUAUGCACAUUACUCACCUACUACCAAGGUACCGUGUAUCAUCUUUGCUUUGCAAAAGCUAAAGCAUUGCUGCAGCCUAAGGCACCGAGAACUGCUUCCCACCACAUUGCAGCCUAAGGCACGAAUACACCUUAUCAUAAGCACUAUACCCAAACCAUUCCCAAACCAGGCCUCCCAGUCACUCAACCUCCUCCCCCAAAGCAGCAGUGAUCAGACAAGGAGAUACCUCUAACAAAAAACCCGAGAUGAACAAGAAAAUAGCGUACCAAAUUUUCUAUUCGUGUUGCUGAUGUCGAUGUCGAUGCUAAAGAUGGCCAGGCGGAGUCGAGGCCGAGGCCGAGGCCGUAGGGCGUGAACGAUGGCUUGCUUCGU